AUGAUAUGUUUAAGGUUGCAACGAUCUAUUGAGUUUAGACGGUCUUUGUCGACAAAGAAAUUUAGUUUCAAGAAGAGUAAGUCGUCAAAUCCACUUUUAGGAGAAUCAAAAAAAAAGGUAUCUAUCCAUCCUACUUUCCCAGUUAGAACUAGGUUUGCACCCUCUCCUACCGGCUACUUGCAUUUGGGAUCCUUGAGAACGGCCUUGUAUAAUUAUUUGUUGGCUAAAAAUACGGGAGGUCAAUUUAUAUUGCGUUUGGAAGAUACAGAUCAAAAGAGAUUAAUUGAUGAUGCUGAAUCAAAUAUCUACGACACUUUGAAAUGGUGUGGAAUAAAAAUAGACGAAGGACCAAAUGAAGGAGGUGCGUACGGGCCGUAUAGGCAAUCAGAUAGAAUGGCGAUAUAUCAAAAGUAUGUUGAAACUUUAUUAAAGUCUGGUGAUGCUUACUAUUGUUACUGUUCAAAAGAUAGACUAAACACUUUGCGAGAAACGGCAAGUCAAUUAAAACCACCCACUACUGUAACCUAUGACAGAAAAUGUUUUCAUGAUCAUCAAGAAGCAGAAAACAUGGAGCCGGUUAUUAGAUUUAAAUCGCCUGAUAGAUACGAGCCAUUUACCGAUUUAAUCCAUGGGCAAUUAAAUCUACAGCCACAAUAUAAUAUUUCUGAUCGUCGUUAUGACGAUUUUGUUAUUAUGAAGUCCGAUGGAUUACCUACUUACCAUUUUGCGAAUGUUGUGGAUGAUCAUUUGAUGAAAAUUACACAUGUAAUACGAGGUGAAGAAUGGCUUCCAGCAACCCCAAAACAUAUCGCUCUCUAUAGAGCUUUCGGUUGGGAACCACCUAAAUUUAUACAUAUACCUCUACUUACUUCGUUGGAAGAUAAAAAAUUAUCGAAGAGAUCGGGUGACAUAGGGAUCAUGAGUAUGAAAAAAAAAGGAAUUCUCCCAGAAGCCGUUGUAAAUUUCUGUGCAUUAUUCGGUUGGUCUCCACCUAGGUUGGUUUCAGGUAUAAGUACAAGUGAAUUAAUGACGUUAAAGGAUUUAAUCGAAAAAUUUUCUUUGGACUAUUUAACUAAAGGUAAUGCAAAAGUCAACGAUUCAAAGUUACAUUUCUUUAAUAAAAAUCACUUAACAAACAAACUUAAAGAUCCCCAAAUGCUUGAUGAACUAGUGGAUGAAUAUUAUCCCGAAUUCCAACAAUCUACUAAUACUACUUAUGAUAAAGAAUAUUUAAAAAAUAUUUUAAAGCUAAUCGGUUCAAAUCUCAAUUCAUUAAGUGAGCUUGGACGCAUGCACUCGUAUUUAUUCAACGGAAUUGAUCAUUCAAAAGUGGAUCAAAGCAAUAUACCUCUACAAUCAAAGGAUAUUUUGCAAAUAUUAACGAAGCUUCCAAAUGAUCAUUCAUUUGCUAGUAAUGUUGAUACGGUAUUGCAGCAAAUCCCUGGAAUAAAGAAAAAGGAUGUGUUUCAAGCCGUUAGAUUCGCAAUAUCCGGAGGUGUGCCUGGUUUGACUAUUCCAUUGUUAAUUGAAGCAAUUGGUGGAAAAGAAUAUAAAUCUAGACUUCAGAAUGCCAUAAAAUAUUUAUAA